AUGGAUGCAAGAGCAACGGAGCUUCUUGCGACGCUGCGAAAUAGCAAUGUCUCUAUCGAUGUCAAAGCCACAUCCCUAGCAAAGAUCAAAUCUGAAAUCAAGCAGAGAAAUGUUCCAGAAGCCGCCAUCCCGCCUCUAUUUGAUUCACUCCGCCUGGCGAUCGCUUCCCAACAUUCUUCUCUCUCGUCUGCUGGGUUCUCUUCUCUGGGCCACUUGUUGAAGCGCCUUAGCCUGCAGGACCAACAUCAGGCGAUAACACUUCAAGGUCGUGCCACUUACCAGGUGCUCUUGGAGAAACUGGGCGACCAUAAAGCACGAAUACGGGACCAAGCCGCCCAAGCCUUCACAGAGUUCUGGCUGGCUUCUCCAGUUGACGUUGAGCAUCAUGUUUUGGAGACAGCUUUGGUUGGCAAGAAUCCUAGGGCGAAGGAAACAAGCAUGACCUGGCUCGCAAAGAUGACGCAGGAACAUGGCUUGUUAUUCCGGACCUACGUGCCAUCCCUUGUCAAUUGCCUUGAGGACGCGGAUGCCGCUGUACGAGAAACGGCAAAGUCGACGGUGAUCGAACUUUUCCAGAAUGCCCCUCCGCGAGCGAUAUCAGACCUGAAAAAGCAACUCAUUUCUCAUAACGUGAGGAAAUCAAUUGCGACGUCAAUUUUAUCUAACCUUGGUGUCAAUAUCAAUACUGAUGCAGAAGUGUCCUCAUCAUUCCAUCAAUCGCACUCGAGGCCUGAUAACACCAGGCCUGUGAGUAGCUUUUCCCACCGUCGUGAUGAUCUACCGCGCUCAAACUCAGUAUUGUCAGUGCGCUCACAUUCUAACGCUGAUUUGCAUGGUAUGCCUAGAAUUGAUACAAUCUUCCAUGGCCAACCAAAGCCAAUGGGCGCAGAUCAGUCUAACAAAUACCCGACCCUAUCUCACACGGCUAGCGUCGAAUCACUUCCGGCAGCAACUUCAGACACAACAGAUGCGGAAACUGUUGAGCCACUCUACGUUAAUUCACACCGUGAAUUUGACGACAUGAUUCGUGAAAUGCUACUUUGUUUUGAGGGAAAAGAGUCAGAACAAAACUGGAUCUUACGUGAAAGGAACGUUGUGGCUCUUCGCAGGUUGACCAAGGGAAACUCCUUUCAGGACUAUCCGCAAAACUACCUUGUCGCUAUUAAAAGUUUACUUGACGGAAUACUGAAAACCGCAACUUCUUUGCGCACAACACUUUCAGCAGCCGGGUGUUAUUUGCUUCAAGACAUCGCUCGGACCUGUGGUCCCUCGAUUGACCCCAUGAUCGAAAUCCUCCUCCAGAGCCUAAUCAAACUCACUGCUGCCCUCAAAAAGAUUACCGCUCAACAUGGGAAUGUCACCGUGGAUACUAUUAUCGGGAAUGUGACAUAUUCAUCUCGCAUUUUGCAACAUAUAUGGGGUGCAUGUCAAGACAAGAAUGUUCAGCCUCGCCAGUUCGCAACAGGUUGGAUUCGUACCAUUCUCAUGCGGCAUAGCAAGCAAAAGGGAUUAAUUGAACAUAGCGGAGGCUUGGAGCUGAUUGAAAAGUGCAUAAAGAAGGGUUUAGGCGACGCGAAUCCAGGGGUGAGGGAAGGUAUGCGUGGGACAUUUUGGAUAUUCUACAAAGUUUGGCCUGAGAAGGCGGAAGCGUGA